AUGUCGAUCGAUCCUGCCAUUGCUGUUGUAUGGGAUGUCUUGAAGAUGGGGUUUGCUCCCAUCAAGCGUGGAUUCGGAUACGUCAUGUCCUCCAAGAGCUACGCCAACAAUCUUCAGCAGGAGGUCCGGAAUCUGGAGUUCGAAGCUCAGAAGGUCCGCAGUGCCGAGGGAGCUGCCAGAGCCAAUCUUCAGAAUAUCCACGAUUGGGUCCCAAAUUUUCUGGCAAGUGCUGAGAAGGCUUCGGAGGACGCAAAAGAGCUGUUGGGAAGAUUCGAAGCGGCGAGCAAGACUUGCUGCCGCGGGACUAUUCCCGACCCCAAUUGUCGCUAUCAAUUCAGCAGGAAGGCCAAGAGCAAGACUGAUGACAUUCAGAAACUCAUUCGAGAAAACAAAGACAAGGACAUCUCCUUCAGCGAUCCUGCUUCGGGUAACGUCGCUGCUCGAUACGCCGACGAACUUCGCAAGGAAGUCAAGAAUCUGGAGUACGAGGCUGCUAGGGUCCACAAUGCCGCGAAAGAGGCUACAAAUAAUCUUCGGAAUACCCACGAAUGGGUCGAAAAGUUUCUGGCAAGUGCUGAGGCGGCCUUGAGGGAGGCGCGAGGCCUGUUGGGCGAAUUCGAGGAGGCGAGCAAGACAUGGUGCCGGGGGACUCUUCCCGACCUCAAUUGUCUCGAUCAGUUCAGCAGGAAGGCCAAGCACAUGACGGACGACAUUAAGAAUCUCAUUCUAGAAAACAGUAACAAGGAGAUCUCCUUCAGCGGUCCUGCCAGGAGAGAAGGCAAUGAUGCGACGGCCUCCGUUUUAUCUGCCUCGAUGUCCGUUAAGCUUAGGGACCGUGGCGUCUUCAAAUCCAGAGCUUCGACGAUACAGAACAUCAUGGACGCUCUUGCUGAUAACAGCAAGAGCGUGGUCGGGGUUUACGGGAUGGGCGGGGUGGGCAAGUCCACCCUUUUGGACGAUGUCAAAAGGAUACUAAUCGAAGAGAGGUCGUUUGAUUCAGUCGCUAAGGCCGACGUGUCAAAAAAUCCAAACAUCCAUACGAUUCAAGGAGAUAUUGCGGAUGCCUUGGGUCUUAUUGACAUAAAAAACAAAGAGACUAUCGGUGCGCGAGCGGAACUUCUGCACGGGAGGUUGAAAGAAGAGGAGAGUAACAAAAAGAAGGUGCUCAUAAUACUGGACAACCUUUGGGAGAAGCUGGACUUGAAAUUAGUCGGCAUUCCUUGCGGACAUGACAACAAAGCCACAGGAUGCAAGUUGUUGUUGACGUCGAGAGAUCAACGUCUUUUGCAAAGGGAAAUGGGCUGCGACAGGGAGUUCUUCCUUGGUGAGCUGAAGAAGGAAGAGGCAAGAGCUUUGUUUGAGAGGACGGCGGGAGACAAAGUUCACGAUAACGAGUUCAAGGCCGGGGUGGAAGCAGUGCUCCGCAGAUGUGCAGGCGUGCCUUUCCUCAUUGUUGCAAUGGGGAAACUUCUUAAAUACGCUGAUUUAUAUGAAUGGAGGGACGCUUUGAGAAAAAUGGAGAAGUUUAACCAUAGAGAAAUCAAUGGUUUGAUAGAUCAGAUGCUGCAAUGGAGUUAUGAUAGAUUAGAAGGGGAGGCAAAGUCAUUAUUACGACUCUGCGUUGUUUGCAGUGUCUUUAAGCCCUCUCUUGAAAACUUGGUGAGGUACGGCUUCGGUUUGGGGUUAUUUCAAGAAGUUAGCAGCAUGGAAGAAGCUAGAGAUAGGUUGCACACACAUAUCCGUGCUCUUCAGGCCUCCGCCCUUCUGUUAGAUAGCGAAGACGUUGGUGGUUUCAAGAUACAUGACUUAGUUCGCGAGUUUGUUGCCUCUGUCUCUUCGAGAGAUCAACACCCUCUUCUCGUGUUGGAAGAUAAAGUGGAGUCAGUAACAGAGUUGCAGGAGAACAAGCUCGAAAGUUGUGAGGCGAUGUGCUUUCCCAACAUGAAAGAGCUUCCUCCAGAAUUAAAUUGCCCUGAAUUGCGCAUUCUUUUGAUGGCCACAAACUACAAGUCUCUUCAUAUCCCAGAUUCAUAUUUCAACUCUAUGAGGAAUCUCAUGGUCUUAAAUCUUGCAGGAGUACGACUCACUCGCUCUCCUUCGCCGUUUCAAUUAUUGGCAAACGUACACACCCUGUGUUUUCAGAAUUGUUCAUUUGAGGAUGUGGCCAUUCUUGGCAAUCUAAAAAGGUUACAGAUUCUCAGCAUUGUGAACUCAAAAAUUCAGCGAUUGCCGAAAGAAAUUGGGCAACUGGUAGAACUCAGGUCGUUAGACUUGAGCGAUUGUCCAGAACUUGAGAUUAUUGAACCGGGUGUACUUCAAAGCUUGACCAACUUAGAGGAACUUUUAUUAGUCGCUAAGGAUAUUCAGAUGAUACAGAAUGGGAAAUUUCCCGAUGACAUCUUUGGCAAGCCAAAAGCACUAACAUUGGCAUGCUUCCAUGAUGAAAAGGCCACCUUUCCUCCCGGGUUCCUACUAGAGAGAUUUCAAAAUAUGGAAAGUCUUGAGAUCUUUCGUAGCUCUUUUGAAGAUAUAUUCCCAUGCGGAGGGAUUGCUAACGAGGGAAAACAUCCAGUGCUUGAAAGUUUAAGAGAACUUAAGUUGAGCAAGCUAGACAAGCUAAAGCGUGUGUGGAGAGAAGAUUGUUCAGUGUCCAAAAUUCUUCUGAGCAUCGAAACACUUGAGGUUAGGGAUUGUCCCGAGUUGACGAUACUAUUUCCGGCCGUGACAUCCUUCAUGAAUUUGACGAAGUUGGUGGUGAAGAAUUCCUCCGGAUUGAUACAUCUAGGGACGGCUUCCGAGAUAGCAAGUUUGGUACAUCUUAAGGAGAUGACUAUAAUAGGAUGUGAAAGAAUAAAAGAAGUAGUGACAGACGAUGAAAAUGAAAAAGGACAAGUGAUUUCUUUUAGGAAGCUACAAGAGUUGACACUCAAAAAUAUGCCAAGCCUAGAAUGCUUCUCCUCUACCACAAGUUGCAUCUUGAGUUUUCCAUCCUUGUUUAGGAUUGAAGUGGAAGAGUGCCCCAAAAUGAAGAUCUUUUCUAAGGGUACGCUAAGCACGCCAAAGCUAGAUUGGGGGACACUGUUUGGAUACGACUGGCAAUGCUACUGGGAAUGGGAGGGUGAUCUCAAUACAGUCAUACAAAAGUUGUCGGCAUAA